UGUCACGCACUGUUAUAAUAAAUAGUAUUCAGUUAUUAUUAUUCACUCACAGAGACACUUAUCAAACACCUUCAGUUGUGGCUACUACAAGGAGGUUGCAGCCUUCAGAUUCUGGUGCCUUCGCUGACUGGGCAGCAACUUCUUCCUCCGCCGCCCGUGCUGCCCCAGACGAACUAUCUCUCGGUUUCAAUGCAGCCCCCACCGCCGCUGCCGCCGGAACUCCCACCGGACCCACCUCCGGAAUGUGGCCCGGUGCCUCUAGGUCAAUCAAUUACGGUCUCGCACCCGAGAUGGGGAUGUUCGUCGUGGCACCUGCUUCUUCCUUCCACCAUCAUCACCACCACAACCAGCAGCAGCAGCAGCAACACCACCACGAGGCUGUUAUCUCCGAUCCUCAUUCAAUCAACCCCGCCACCGCACUCGGCGUCGGUGUCAUCCCUCUCCUCACCGCAACUCCGUGUCUCGACAGUGACAACAACAUGCUCAGUAACCGAAACCGUGGUGGAGGUGGAGGAGGAGGAAUUCAGUUUUGGCAGGACCAGCAAUCCCAUCAUAGCCACUACUUGAAGAAGCAAGGUUUUCUUGACCACAAUAUAAGUUCUUUGAAUUUGAUUCAGGGUGGCGGCGGAAGCGGCGGUGGCGGCGGCGGCGGCGGCGGUGGGAUAACUGCUUCGGCUUCCAAUAGUGGGGGAACAACGUGCCAAGACUGUGGAAACCAAGCAAAGAAAGAUUGUACAAACAGAAGGUGCAGAACUUGUUGCAAGAGUCGAGGUUUUGAUUGCCCUACUCAUGUUAAGAGCACUUGGGUUCCCGCAGCACGCCGGAGGGAACGCCAGCUUAUGACGUCGUCUGCGGCGGCGGCUGCGGUGGUUGCUGGUUCAAGUGGUUCCACUUCUGGUGCCAAGAAACCUAGGCUUAUUACUUCACAGACUACUACAACUUCUCGCACUUCAACUUCUAACACCACUCCUCCUAGGAGCUUUGAAACUAGUUCUAGCCAUCAAGAUGCGAGUUUCAAAGAGUCAUUGCCUGGUCAAGUACGUGCACCUGCGGUGUUCAAGUGUGUUCGAGUAACGGCAGUGGAAGAUGGGGAAGAUGAGUAUGCCUAUCAAGCUGUUGUGAAGAUUGGAGGCCAUGUGUUUAAAGGGUUUCUUUAUGAUCAAGGGCUUGAAAAUAGAGAUGUGUAUCCUAAUCUAUCUGAGCUGCAUUUGGGUGGUGGUAAUGGUGGAAGUGGAAGCGGUGGGAGUGGUGGUGGUGGUGGUGGUGGUGGAGUUGGGAGGAAUGGGGUUUCAUCUUCAUCCCCAAUGCUGGAUCCUUCUGAUGUGUAUGCAGCUACAGGUGGAGGGUUAAUAGGAGGUUCAGCCUAUGGUAAUACAAUAAAUUGAACUGUCUUUCCGAGUGCAAGAUAUUAUUAGAUGGGCUUGGAGAGGCUAACGUUGUAGUUCAAUUCUCUUCUUUUGCUAAUUUUGAGAGGAGGGUGGUUCAUUUUCUUCUAGGCUUUGUAUCUUAUUGCAUAUGUCACUCUUUUUUCUGCAUUUUUCCAACUUGAUUUUAGUUCUAUUCUUUCUCCCCCAAUUUGCCUUUGUCAUUGCAUGAGAUCCUCUCAUUGAAUGACAAAGG